AUGACUUCGUUUUCUGAUAUAAUCGCCGUCGGUGACAAUGUGAUAUCCGAUUUGUUGAAACUGGUCGAUGGAGGUGAUGAAGGUUGGGAUCAUCUGUGGACAGAGGACGAGAUAGUUCUCCACACCAGAAAAGGGUCUGAAUCAUGUGCAGUCGAUAUUAUCAGAUGCCGAACAAUUCUAAAAAACACCAACACUGCUGUUGUGAAGGCUUUGUUAGCUCCAUGGCUACCAUAUCGAUUACAAUGGGACGAUCUCAUGCAGAAAUGUGAACUCAUCAAAGAAUUCGACAAUGGCUAUCGUCUUAUGCAUCACGUGACCAAGAAGAAAUUCCCUCUGUCAGCUCGUGAUUCGUACGAAGGAGAUCGAAUUCUCAUGGCUGCGAGGAGUAUACAGACAGCCGGUCCAGCUCCAACCAACGAUGUUGUGCGAACAUACCAACAUCUCGGAGGGUACCGCAUCAGCAGCACUGGAGAGAAUUCGGUCGACUUCACCAUGUACUUCCAAUGUGAUCUGAAUGUGAAAGUCCCGUCGUUUGUGCAGAAGUUAAUAGACAAGGCCAAGCCGAGGUUCAUGUGCGACAAUAUGAAGGCACUUCGUAAGGCGUUGACAACAUUCAAAGUCGAUCCACUCCAUAUUGAGAAAAUGUAA